AUGCUGUCUUACGUGUCAAAGUUGAGCUUCAUAAUACUUGUCAGUCUGUGCAUAGUCAAUAUUUUGAAGAUUGAAUCAGCUAGGUAUAUGCUGCCAAUGAAAAUUGAUGACAAAGGACGAAUGUUUGUCAAUUUCCAUGGGACUCACUAUGCUUUAAGGAACUAUUUCGUACUAAUAGUUCAAGAACCAGACUGUGUAAGGGAAAUUUCUUUGAGACGACCAACCGAUGAAGAGCUGGCAGCUAGAAAAGGAUUUCGUCAAGGUUUUCUGCAUUGUGAAUCUUGGUAUAAAAACAACUCGAAACCUUCAUCUCAAAACCAAGCCAAUGUUUAUGGUACUCGGAUGAAACCUUUUUGUGGCACGUUUACAAAAGCUAUACAUUAUUCGAAAAUGAUAAAUACAAUCUUUACUAGUACGCUGAUCAUGUCAUUCGUAAAGAUAAUUAUGAUGCAGACCGCUGUUCAACGGAUACCUCUAUCAGCCCAUGAACCGGGUAUAACAUCUCUUGAAUUCGGUGGAAUAGCCUUUUCUUUACUUAAAAAUUUUUCAUUAAAAAUUCAAUAUAAGAAUUGUUCAACUCUCAUGGAUCUCUCACCUGUAACGCCAAAGGAGAAUUCCACUAGGAUAGGUACACGUGUUGUUUAUGACGAUUGUGUAAGACGCAAAAGAAAAUCUCACAGAAGAUCAUCUAACAAAAAUAAAACUAAUCGGAAAAAUUAA